CUCAUUCUCCCUAUUCUUCAUCGUCCCUCCUCCACCCCUCCCCCUCCUCCUUUCAGGAAGCCUGGCUCACCCAGGAAGCAGGACCGCCUGAGAGCUGAAAGCCGGAGAAUAGGAGCCCGGCCGAGAGUCGGUGCAUACCAGAGCCCCUGUUUGGUACUCCCCUAGUGCAUAUGUACUAGCCCGGUUCCCCUGCAAGAGGGAGCCAGUCUCCACGGAGCAGCGGGAGAGCGGGGAAGGAAGGCAGAGAAGCUCGAGAAAGAAAGCAGUAUUCCAGCCGCCGAGGGUGGAAAGAGCCGCAGCCCGCAGCAGGGAUUUAUGCCACCUCUGACAUGUAUAUACUGAGUCAGGAGUUUCUGUGCUAGUCAACUUAAGUCAAACAUAGACUCAACUGAAGCCAAGAUCAAAGGUGGCAUUUUUCCUCUCAGCAGUCCUACUAUAAGCCCUGGAUGCAAAUUCUGCUGCUGGUUAGAGCACAUUAAUUGGAGUAACAACUAUGGACUUUGUUAUGAAGCAAGCCCUUGGGGGGGCCACCAAAGACAUGGGGAAGAUGUUGGGGGGUGAGGAGGAGAAGGACCCAGAUGCCCAGAAGAAGGAGGAGGAGAGGCAGGAGGCCUUACGACAGCAGGAGGAAGAACGCAAAGCCAAACAUGCUCGCAUGGAGGCAGAACGGGAAAAAGUCCGGCAGCAAAUUCGAGACAAGUAUGGCCUGAAGAAGAAGGAGGAGAAGGAGGCUGAAGAGAAGGCCGCCCUGGAGCAGCCAUGUGAGGGCAGCCUGACCCGCCCCAAGAAAGCCAUUCCAGCUGGUUGUGGGGAUGAGGAGGAGGAGGAAGAAGAGAGCAUCCUGGACACCGUUCUCAAGUACCUACCUGGGCCUCUCCAGGACAUGUUCAAGAAGUAACCCUGGCCCAACUCCAUCCCAUUCUCAACAGUCCCAUUUUUGUUUUUAAUUUUUAUUCCACUUUUCCAUUCAGUAUGAAUUUUGAAGGGCAAACCUCAUUUGGCCUCACCCCACACAUACACCUCCACCCCUCACAUGGACUGUGGGACCCAAGCCCCUCAUCUUUGGCCGGAAACUCCCAGGGCCCCCUCCCUGUUCAGUACUGUCCCCUGACCCCACAGUGCCCUGGGCCUCUUGAGGAGCCCUAGGGAAAGAAGGCCGCUGGCCUGGGCUGAGGGCCAGAAACUAGGACCAAACCAUUGAUGACCUCAGGAGAGGCCCGGGAUGUGCUGAAGUGGGAGGAAAGGCCUGACCACUGAGUCCCACAUGCACACACUCCUCCCGAACCUCUUCCCACCAGGAACAUUCCUCAUGCCUUGAGCAUGAUUUCCACUGCCACAGAAGGGAGAGAGGGCCAGGCCAGUGGGUCCUAGGGGAAGGAGUCAGAGGAGAAGAGGGUCAGGUUGCCUAUUCUUUCUCCUCUACUCCCCUAGAGAUCACUGGAACUCUAAGCCCUGUUCCCCAACCCCAAUGGGUCAAAACACCCACACAUUCCAGUCCUGCCCAACAUAGCCCAAGGAUGAGGGGGCAAGGGCCAAUGUUGGACCCUUCACUAGGGAGCCCAUCAGCCAAUCCCAGAGGAAUGUGGAGCAGAUCUCUGUUCCUUCAUAUCUCCCUAGGCCUCCUCAAUCUCACAUCAGUUCCAGGGACUCAGCCCACUGUGGUAAGAACAGCCCCUCCCAGCCUAGUCCCUCCCUGUUCCUGGCUAGACCUGGGAGUGGCAAGGAAGAUCAACUGACUGUGGGAGGUAUCAUUAGAGUCUCUUAGUCCCCAACCCUAGCCUUAUUCCCUUUUCAUCAAUGACCUAGAUAGGACCAGAAGUAUAGGGAGGGUCAGAGAAGGGCCUGUGCCCUAACCAAAGGAGUAUUCUGGAGUUCUAAGGGGCCACUGGGUAGAGAUCAGGCAGAGUACUACCAGGAAGGUUGACUCCCAUUGCCACAAAUAUGGCAGCCUGGCCUUUCCCUUGUCAGUGGAGCAGAUCUUUCCCACAGGGCAAUAAAAGGUUGCCCCUGGGAUACCACUGUACCCUAGGAAGCUUCCACCCUCCACUCAUAUCUUUGUGGCCACUGUGGAGCCUAAUCUGUAAAGGGGGUAGCUUGAGCCCUUCUCUCCUGAAAAGGCAUGCUAGGCCCUCCCUCCCCCAGCCUGGGGUCCUUACCUUAACAGGAUAGCCCCUUCCAAAUACACACUAACAGUUGGAGCCAUCGAGCAGCAUCAAUCCUCAACCAGAGAACAUCUAGUGGAGAGGACAUGCUGCUCCCCCACCCCCCCAGCCCAUCCAGGCGCUUCCAGGGCCCUGAGUGGACGACGUGUUCAGGAAGUUCCACUGGCCCCCAGGAGGACUCCCAUAAGCAGGGCUCAGGCUGAGACACUGAAGGCAGGCUCACCUACAGUUUAGCCCUGGUCCUAUGGGAGGAGACAGCCCCAGCUGAGCUGCUGCCCUCCCAUUCUGGCUGAGGAUCUGUCUGCCCAUAUGCUAAACCCCAAAGCAGGCAUCUGUCCUUCCAUCUAUUGGUCUGUCUUGUGGCUAGGAAAAAAUUCUCCUCUCAGACAUGCCAAGGAAAGCCCUACCCACCCGACUUGAGCCUAUCCUACCCUACCCUCCCAUACCCAAUACUCUGCCUCUCUGCCAUUCUGAGAAUUCCUGGGGCAGGGAGGAUUGUGAACGUGAAAGUAUGUAUGAAUGUGGGUGGAACGAGAGUGGUGGUGGCAGAAUGGGUAUGUCUAUAGUUGGGAUGGUGUGAAUGUAUGUGUUAUAAAUAUGCAUGUGUGUAUGGAUGUGUCAAAGAUUGUAUGUGUAUCUUUUAGAGAUUAUUCUUAUAUGUGUGUGUAUUAGAGAUUGUGUUACAGACUAGAAGAAUGCUAGGGAUUCAAAUAUGUAUGUACAGAGAUUGUGUGGGUGUGUGUUUUAGAAAGUGUGUGUGCUAGAGAUUGUGUGUCCAUAUCAUAGAUUGUCUAUAUUAGAGAGGGUGUGUGUGUGUGUGUGUGUGUGUGUGUGUGUUGGAAAUUAUGUGUUAAAAAUGGCAUGUAUUAGAGAAUGUUUAUGUGUAUGGGGAGGGGUGUUAUUACAGGACUAUGUUUCUGCGUGUGUGUGUGUGUGUGUGUGUGUGUGUGUGUGUGUGUGAUAGACAGAGAGAGAGAGAGAGAGAGUGUGUGAAAAUGCAUGUAUAACACUGCAGGCUGGCUAGAUGACUGAGAGUGGUAGCAGGGACUGGGAAAUAUCUUUUCUUCUCCCUUAGACCAAUCAAUUCCUACCCAUCACCAUUCCUGGAACAGAGAUGAGAGGAGAAGUUUUUCCUACAAGUCCAAGACUUUCCCUCUUCCCCUGGGCUCCCUGAGCCAAGCCUUUGCCAUCCUCCUCCCUCACUGGAUGUGAUGGGGAGAAUCCUAUUUGGGUCCUGGGAAGCACUUGGCAGCUCAGACUGGUCUGGGUGGCCAUGGGAGGAACAGGACUGUCCUUUGUCCCUAUAACAGAGAAGCCAUGCUGGAUAUGGGGUGGAAGAGGGAGAUGCCUCAAAGAGGGUUGCUAUGCCCGCCCCUCGCCGCCCCACCACCACUUUUCACCAUCACCCCAGUUUGCAUACUGGGGUGUUUCAUUUUAGAGAAUUUUUCCUUUAAUUUCAAAAGAGAAAGCAGCUCACAUCGUGUCUUCUCUGUCCGUUUCCAAUAGUUAAAGCCAUAUCAGUUAGACUGCAAUACUUUAAAGAUGAGGGGAAAAAAAAAA